UGAUUUGUCGUUUUGAUAAACUUUUCUAUGGCUCAUCUGUGAGUUGAUUUAUGCAAAUAGAUGAUCAAGUGGCAUUGGAUUAUGUCAUAAAUAUUGUAUUCAGUAAGGCAUACAGUUUUCUGUCUAAGAUACAGUAUGUUACUUAUUUGUUAGAAUUUCUUCUCCCUUUUGUCUUCAAAAUUAAAUUUUGUAUAUGUUUCGACUCGCCUCUCCAAAUAAAUCGAAUAUUUCAUGUUUUACCAACUAACAAGAGGAAUCUCUUGAAUUCUAGUGAAAAAGUGACAAAGACCUUAAGUCCAGAAGACCAAAACUACAGCUCAAGCAUUAAAGAUGGCUCUUCACGAGGAAAUUGGCAAUGUGAACAUCUGGUGGUUUCCGCAGGACUUUUGCCAAUCCCGUUUUGGCGACUUCCGACAAAGUGGUACCAACUCCUGUACGCUAAUCUCGCUAAUACUUGCGGAUAAGGUGUCCAAGAUGCCAAGCUUGUGCCAAAACGUAGCUGAGUUUCCAGAGGUUGCCUGGGACUUAAUUGGCGAAUCCAUUAACGAUGGCAAUAAUGUCUAUCACGACCUAAUAUCUGCGAAUCUGAAUAUUAAUAUACCGGACGCAUUGUCAGCGAUACGAUCGCAUCAGAAGAUCAACUUUCGCUUAGAGGAAUGGUUCUUCACCCAGGUUGGCUCCGAUCCACUCAGUCCCAUGAUUGUCGGUGUGGAGCUCUCCCGCAUCUUUACCACCACACUGGAGGUCUUCCAGCAGGGUGACGGCUGGGACGUGCCCUCCCACCUGUUCGCCGCCAUUGUCGCCGACUGUCGCACCGUCAUGGUCACCAUCGACCUGCGCACCUCGAUCGCAGCCAUCAUUGACUCACACCAGCAUGGCAGCGAUGCCGGCGCCGUGUUUGCCCAAAGCACGAUACAUUACAUAAGCGACCUGAUGUUCUGGUUCAUUAGCAUGUUAGACCACAUUUAUUCAAGCCAUCCUGCGAUUUUCGAGAUCUCCUUCCUCUGCUCCAUGCCCGACGUGGCGCUGCGAAUCCCGCCCGCCGUCGAGCAGUAUGCAAAUGAUAUCUGCAAGCCAAAGGAAAAGACUUCGAAAUUGACAUAAUAUUUAUAUCAUAUACAUAUAUAUAUAUAAGUAUAUAUAUGUAUAUAUGUAUGUAUAUAUGUAUAUAUAUGUGUGUAUAUGUUUAGCUAGUCACAUUAUUAAUUUCACCAGUUCCAAAACACCACCAAGUUCCAUCCAAGAAACAUGAAAUCACAGUGCUGACGCUCGUUGGUUAUUUUUAUGUGUUAACGUUGAGUUUCUAAUUUUCUGUUUCUGUUUAUUAACACAAAUUUCAAUCGGGCGAACGACCGUGAUGUACGUAUUUAUUCAAUAAAUCUUAAAUGUUCUGUGGUUAUGUUCAAAGAUAA